GCCCGAGGUCUCGCUACAAACAAGCGGCUGCUGGAAGAGAGUGGGUGAGUUGUGUUUAGUCUUUUUGCUUGAGAAAUAAGGUAAAGCUAAAAAAAUGUUUGGUGGCUAGCGCUGUGGCUGGGACCCUAUUUGUACUGUUGAUGAAUUAAGUUGCUGUUCUGAGCAUUAUUUGUGGCUAUAGAGUGGUGUUUCGGUUGAGGUUUGUUUAUGGCUCCUCAGACCGCUGUGUAUUGCUAUCCUGCGGUUGUUACUAAAAUUGGUAUAACUAGAGAAGCAAGCGGUUGGCAACAUUCAUCUGUCGAGGGGAACAAAAGAAAAACUGCCACCUGGGAGAAAGUGAUGACUGCUUUUAAAUAUUUUUUAAAUAGGAAAAAACGCAUAUAAAGAUAUUAUUGUCACUGACCACAUGACUUAUUGAUGUCCAGUCAACUGUGCAACGUAGAUACUCAUAUUUCUCACAUGCCACAAGGCUUCUCUUUGAAAGAUGUCUAUUGUACAUUUUUUGAACAAUCUUUAAAGAGGAAAAAAUCACAUAAAGCUAUUAUUCUCCAUGUGACUUAUUGAUGUCAAACCAACUGUGCAACAUCAUAUAUUCCCCAAAUGCCACAAGACUUCUUUUGAAAUAUAUCCUUUGUACAUUUUUAAAAUAUUAAUGGAUAUGUUUUUUUUUUUUUUUUUUCAUUUUACGGGUUUCUGAAAUCAACAUAGGUCAAACGGAUGAGGAGCAUAAAAACUUUAUAUUUCUUAAAAAAAAAAUGUAAAUCUAGUGGCACGUGAGGAGUAUUGGAAGGCCAUCUAUGCUGCAUAGAUGGUUUGACAUCAGUGAGUAACAUGGUCAAGGAGGAUAAUAGCUUUAUAUGCAUUUUUUCCACUUUAUUAUUAUUUAAAAAGUAUACAAUACAAAAAAUAAAUUUUGUCUUUUUGAGGGAUAAAUAACAGGGAUUUUUUCUGCUCAAAUAUGCUCAGGAUUAGUCCGAGAUCCCUCGUUAGUCGUCAGAAGGCAGCAGAGAGCAAGGCAAGAACAUAAUAUGUUCUGAAUGACGCUACAGAGUGUUGUUAGGGAGAAGGGAUUUUACUCUGAUGCCUCUGUCAAGAGAGUUGUAGUGUAAAGGGAGAGUUUUUUAUGCUGUCACCACUAGAGGAUGCUGUAACUUACUUACUAAAUUCCCUUCUCCCUGCAGACUCCACAUUAGGCCUGGAGGCCCAGCAGAAAUACAGCACAGGCUACAUCCGUCCACAACAUGCUCCUCACCUGUGACUGGAUGGAUAAAACCCUGGGUUCCCGCCUGCUGAACAACCUCCUUAAUUUCCUGUCUAGGUCCACAAGUGAGCGCCCCCUGCAGCCUUCACCCAGACACCCAAAUUUUGUGUCCCUGCAGACGAGAAAGCCUCUAGUGGAGAACAAGAGGAGAGAUCCUAAAUUUAAACUCAGCUUCAUCAACAAAAUAAAUAAAUAAAUAAGAAAAAUGUCACAGUGUCACAUUCCAAGAUGGAGAAUGUGGAGGUGCUGGAGAUAACGGUGAAGAAGGUGGUGGAGGUUAUGAAGAGUCAAGUCCCCUAAAUUCUGCAAGUGAUUCUUGCAUUAUUGUUCUAGUUUUUACCUAAAACUGAUCCUCCUAUUUUGCAUCCUCCUGAACCCUACGACCUGCGUGAUCAGACCUCUGCGUGAAACCAAGCUGUGCAAUCUCUGUGAUAUCUCAUUGAUGUUAAACUCUACUAAUAUUCCGGAGAAAGCAUCACUUCAGACAUGCAACCAAAAUGAUACCACUCAGCUCUGAAAAUUUCAAGACUGAUGCACAUCUUCAUUGAAGCGGAUAUUUGAAAAUCAUACCUCAAAUAAUGAGUUUAAAUCUUGUCCUGUCUUAUCAGGUUAAUGGAUGAUAAACUGUCUGUGUGCUUCAACAUUAACCUGAAGUUUACUGCAGAGAUUCACAGAAGUGGAACUUGAGUCUUGACUGUCAAAUGUGACUCCGAUAUGAGUAAUAUAGACUUGAGUUCAUGCACUUAUUCUUUAAAAUACUUACAUUUUCAAACCCAUUAACAAAAAAAUCUGAGACUUUGCUGUAUUUUCAUAAUGCACGACUGAUGAUACGAAUGCAUGUGUGCAAGUACUUUUAAGUGAUUAUUUACAGUUUAUUUGUUGGAGACAAAUUCAAUAUACAUGAAAUGAUAAUUUGGGAACAGCUGCAUGCAAGUUUUGGAUGCGUAUUUGCAACACCGUCACUCGAACGUUUGUAAGAAUAAAGUUAAAAAGUUAAAAAUGGUGAAUUAAAAGGUAAACUGGGUGCAGUAUAAAACAACAGACACAUUUAGCAAGGACGCAGGAGCAGAAAAUCAGGUAUGAGAACCAAGUUUGUCAGAUAUGGUAUUGUCCAGUGAAAAAGUGAGAGGUUUCCUCCAAAAAGUAAUACUCAAGUAAAGCAGAUUAGCUCAAAAAUGGACUCAAAGUAUUGUGAAUGAACCUUAUUACUAUCCUAUCCUGUGGAUCAGGCCCCCCCGAUUUAGAGUAGAGGGGUAAAAGACAUAGUCCUGCUGCACCAAAUUUUGCAUUAUUUAAAAAAAGAAAGAAAUCCCUAAAUUUGCUGCAUUAGUCACCACUUAGAGGCUCAUGCAAUGAAUUAAGAGAUUAAAGGAUCACGAGACACAGAGGUCAAAGACUUUUCAUUUAGAGAGUUUAGAAGUCAUUGUGAACAAUUCCAUAAAUAGAGUUUGGAUUUGAUCACCCUUUGUUUUCAACAAGCUGAUACAGACUCAGCUGGGACCUCAUUUUGCCACAGCGAUUUCAUUGUCAUUGUCUCCUCUCUGCAGAAACAGACACUCUCAACCGAGAAGCCAGUGAGAGGUUUGCUGCCGGCUACAUCCAGUGCAUGCACGAGGUCCACAUGUUCGUCUCCAUCUGUCCUGGCAUAGACUCCACAGUGGCAGCAGAGCUCCUUAACCACCUGCUGGAGUGCAUGCCCUUAAACGAGGACCACCUCCAGGAUGUGCUGAUGGAUCUAUUCACUGACACUGCCGGGAAUAACAGCAGCACUUGGCAUUGCCUCUGA